AUGUUGUCCUUUGCUACCGCCGCAAACCCGUCCUCGCACGUCGCUGGCGCCACCCAAGCUGCUCAUGCCGCCGCCAGUGUCGCCGCUCACCCUAGCAUGCAUGGUCUUGCGCCCGUGGUCGCCCCUGUCCCCGACCUCGACGCGCAAGACCACUCCGAUUUCCAGCUGCUCCUCGCGACCCCCGACAUUAUGGGCGCCAGUGUCCACUCCCACUUGGCAGAUGCUGCCAACCCGUUGCCCGCCUGCUUUGUUGACCUGACUGCCGAGCCCGUGCUCAAGAAGGGUCGUCCCAUGGCUUCUCCCCUUGCCUCGUCCUUUGACGCUGUCGCCGCUGCUCACACUGCCGAUCAGCAUCAGCAGCAGCAGCAGCAGAUGGCCGACUUGCAGUACUUGGAGCAUGCGUUUGACUCGCUCGACGCCAUGCUGCAGCACGAAGUCAUCCCGCCCGUCGUGGCUGCUUUGCCAGCGUCCCCCAGCUCUUCGAGCUUUGCCUCUUCGCCACGUCUGAGCGCUCGUCGCUCGUUUGCCGAGAUUGAGGAGAGCUCUACCAACAUGUCGUCGACCUCCAUGCUGAGCUCUCAGACCUUUGACCUGAGCCUGUACGAGAAACAGGCAGCCCUGGUGAAGGGUCCCGCCCCUGGCUCUGUGGCUGCCGUUGCUGCCGCCGCUGCCGCUGCCGCCAUUGCUGCAGGUGCUUCGCCCACGACUCCUGCCCGCAAGCCACGCGUUGCUGUUGCCCCCGCCACCCAGCGCACUGAAAAGUAUCUGGAGCGUCGCCGCAAGAACAACGAGGCCGCCAAGCGCUGCCGCGAUGCCAAGAAGCUCAAGGAGGACAUGACUGGCCUCAUGGCCGAUGCCCUCUCUGAGGAGAACCAGCAGCUUCGUGCUCGCGUGGCCUUCCUCGAAGACGAAAUCGAAGAGCUCAAGCGUAUGGUUCUUUCGCGAGCCGUGUCGACCCCUUCCACGGCGUAA